CACCAUUCUGCAAUACUACACCACGAAAACGCCACCAUUCCGCGAGCCCGUAUGCGCAAUUCUAAUUUUGCUGACUCCAGGCCCGUCCAAAAAUCCACCUUACCUCGUAUUUGGUUUAAUACAACCCAUUUCAUCAUUCCUUCCUGAACGCGCAAUACGGAGACAUAGAUGUCAAGGGAGCUACGGCUAGAAAGUCAGUAUAUAAGUGUACUCCGAUCUCCUAUAUCCGGGCCAUGGUCGAGACAAUUUGUUUCGAGAAGCUAGAACACCUAGGGAACGCGGCAUCUUUCCAAUAUGCGUUUCACUGCAAUCCUUAGUUUGGCAACAGCCACAGCCGCAACGAUCCAGGAGAGUGCCGUGGCGUCUUCUGCGGAAGAGUACAUCUGGCAGAUAGACAAGUGGCAAGCCGGCCAGUCUCACGGUCACCCUGAGGCGCCCGUGACGGGCUGGUAUAAUUUUAAUGUUUCGGCGGCAGAGUACGGCGAAGGCCCAACGCGGAUCCCGGCCUUCCACGGCCAAUGUGAGGGCUACGCUGACGGGAAGCCCCUGAGCUCGAAUUACACGAACUGUCGUCUAGACAUCAGCGACAGUGCCGCGGAUGCCACGGUGAUAUCGAGAGUGCUGCCCGACCCGGACUUCCAGCAGGCUCAUAUUACCGUUCAUUACCUCUUUAAUGCUACUAAUGAAUCCAAGACACGGCGAAACUUUACUAUCGUUAUUGUCGAGGACUGGGCGAGAGAGCGGCCCCCGCAUAAUUUCACAGUAACCCCGGAGGAGAUUCUUUGACCCCAGACAUCAUGGAGCGGCAUAACUACAAUUAGAAAUAUAUCCAGCUCCAAAACGGGACGGGUUAAGAUUGGAAGCGAGCCAACUGACUCUCACCGAAAGAGGCAAGAAACUAAUGCAGUGUAGAAUUCAAGAGCUC